AUGAAAGACAAUUUAAGGAGGUCCUCUUGGAAGUCACCAAACCAAAUGGUGAAGAAGGUAUCAAGUUGUUGUGUUGCUCUGGCUGAGGUGCAAGAAGUUGUGAGUGAGGAUGGUCGGUGCCAGCCAUCCGCCUUCGGAGGACAAUUGAAAAGCAGUUGUUUAAAGUAUCAGUUUGCAUAUCGCGUUGAGUUUACUUAG